AUGGGUAAUACAGUGCCUACAUUUUCCGAGGAGCAACUCGAGGAUUAUCAAGAUUGUACUUUCUUUACGCGCAAAGAGAUUCUUAGAAUCUAUAAACGUUUUCGCGAGAUGGGAGAACCAGGAAUGGUACCACACAGUAUGACACCACAGGAAGCCGCAAAUUUACGUUUACCAUUAUCGUGCUUGGCUCGAUUACCAGAACUGAAGGAAAAUCCAUUCAGAGAAAGAAUAUCUGAAGUCUUUACAAAGUACAGAGACCCGGGUCUCCCGAGCGACGAGGGAAUCUGUUUUGAGGAAUUCUUGGAGAUGAUGUCGGUAUUUUCCGAGCAGGCACCUCGUGAUCUUAAAGUAUUCUACGCCUUCAAGAUUUAUGACUUCGACGAGGAUGGCGUUUUGGGCUUUGGCGACCUGGAGCGCACUUGCAAGCAGCUAGUGCAAGGAGGACUCACAGCAGAGGAGGUUGCCACAGUUUGUAGAAAAGUUCUGGAAGAGAGUGACGUGGAUGGUGAUGGUGCUCUGUCCUACCUAGAAUUCGAACAUGUCAUCACCAGAGCUUCUGACUUCCUAGCCACGUUUCACAUCCGUAUUUAAAAUGAAUCAGUAGCGCCCAACCUGUAGUAAUUUAAUAAUGACACCUGCCUUUUAAUCUUGCCAAGCCCAAGUGGAUCCCUUAUAUGUGAAUCUCUGAAACGUUUAAAUAAGAGUUAGUCAGAAUAGUAGGGUCGCAAGACGUAGGCUAAAUUUAAAAAGGCUAAUAAGUAUUUAUUCCACGAGAUGAAUUGCGUGCACUCGCGAAGAUCCCCACAAACGAGGGAACUGGUUCCGCAUUAAAUAUGACGCAUAGGUACCGACCCAGAACUAACAGUUCUUUGACCUAUGGACUGGUUUCACGGUGUCUCUCGUAAGAGACACUAAUUUAUCGUUCGAAUUCAACUAAAUUGGAGUAAGACAACAAUUUACAUAAAUAUCUGCCCACGUCAGAGACUUGCGUCUCUAAGGCACUAACUGCUAUGAUAUUUUUCGAGCUCGCGAUCCAAAAGGAGACUCUGUAACGGGUAAGAAGAACGAGGGACGGGAAGAGAAAGAGAAAGAAAGAAUAUAAGAGGGAGUUCGUUUCCAUUGAAAACCUUUUCAGUAUCGAAUGACUUGCCAUUUUACAAACCCGUUACGGAUCUGUCGAAGCCAUAUCGAAACCUUCUAAGACCUGAGGGAACACCGGGAAUUCAAAUCCCAUUACUCUGUCAGUAAAUUUUGAAUAAACGUCGACAAGAAUAUGAAGCAUCAAACAAGUUACUGCAUCAGAUUAUUAUUGAGAUCAUGUUAAAUCAGCAUGCAUGGGAGAAGGAAUGGCCAUCGGCGAUAAAUGAGUCCGGGAGGAGAGUGAAAAGGAUUCAAGGAUCUAAGGAUUAAGAUCUACUCGCGAAUUUCAUAUGGGAGAUGGAAUAGCAGAGUGGGAUGGCAUGGUGCGGAGGGAGGAAAGGAGAGGCGAGGUAAGUGGGGGUUCCUGGGAGCUGGUCUUACAUUAAAAAGUGGUCGAAAUCGGCGUUAGGCCCUUCUAGCCCGAGAGAGCAAGAGAAUGGGAGAAUGAGAGAAUCUUGUGAUUAUAGUCGAGUACGCGG